AGUCAACCUCAAAACUAGAUAUGAGUGAACAAAACCCAUUACAGCGUGGCAAGGCCCACUACUUUGGAGCCGGUCCUGCCUUACUACCAACAGACGUAUUGCAACAAGCAGCUCUCGACUUGAUUAGCUACAACGGAGAAAACGUUGGAAUCGGUGAAAUCUCCCACAGAUCCAAACCUGCCAUCCAAGUGAUUGAUGAUACCAAGGCCAACUUGACCAAAUUAUUGGAUAUUCCUGACACUCAUGAAGUGUUCUUCAUGCAAGGAGGAGGAACAUCUGGUUUUUCUUCCAUCGCCUACAACUUAAUGGCGAACUAUGCCACCAAACACAAUGGGAAGCUUGGAAAAGCUGCUUAUGCGGUCACCGGAUCUUGGUCUGAAAAGUCUUUGGAAGAGGCUGUAAGAUUAGGAUUCGAUGCUGAAGUUGUGGUAAACACAAAGAAUAUCAAGUUCAGUGAUAUACCCAGUUAUAGCGAAUGGAAACCCUUGAAUAAAGACAACACUGCUUACUUGUACAUUUGUGACAACGAAACCGUGAAUGGUAACGAGUUCAAGGACACCCCACCACAAGAGUACUUGCAAGGAGUAGAGUUGGUGGCUGAUAUGUCCUCUAACAUUGUUUCCAAGAGGAUUGAUGUUUCAAAGUAUGGUUUGAUCAUGGCCGGAGCACAAAAGAACAUUGGGUUGGCUGGUUUGACCAUCUAUAUCAUCAAGAAGAGUUUAUUAGAACAAGCUUCCGAUAACCAAUUAAAGGAAUGGGGUAUUCCUUUGUCCCCUAUCGCGUUCCACUAUCCAACGGUGGUAAAGAACAACUCUGCCUAUAACACGAUUCCUAUCUUCACCUGUCAGAUCUUGAAGUUGGUGACAGCAAAGCUCUUGAAAAACGGAGGAAUUUCUGCCAUCCAAGCCAUCAAUGAAAAGAAGGCCGAGGUGUUAUACGGGGCUUUAACUAAAUAUCCGUCGGUUUACUCUUUGGCUGUGAAGAAUUCAAAGGUCAGAUCCAAUAUGAACGUGGUCUUCACCCUCAACAACCCUGACUUGGACAGUGUGUUUCUCAAGGACGCUGGUGAGAAGAAUCUUCAAGCUUUGAAGGGACACAGAUCAGUGGGUGGUAUGAGAGCCUCUAUUUAUAAUGCAGUGCAAUUGGAAAGUGUCGAGCUUCUUGCCAAGUUUGUCAUUGAAUUUGCCGAAAAGCACAAAUAGUUUAAUACACAUUUUAUUUGCA